GCAGCAUGCCAGCCCGCGCCCCUCCUCGCCGCCUGCCGCGGCUGCUGCUGCUGCUCCGGCUGCUGUCGCUGCAUCUGCUGCUGCUGCUCGUCCUGCGGGCCCGCUGCCUGCGCGCUGAGCCGGGUCAGGGCGCGCAGACCUGGGCUCGCUUCGCGCGCCCUCCCGCCCCAGAGGCCGCCGGCCUCCUCCACGACACCUUCCCCGACGGCUUCCUCUGGGCGGUGGGCAGCGCCGCCUACCAGACCGAGGGCGGCUGGCGACAGCACGGUAAAGGCGCGUCUAUCUGGGACACGUUCACCCAUCACCCCCCGGUCACCCUAGGCGACUCCCCGAUCGCUGUGGCGCCGUCGGGUGCCCCGUUGCCUCCUCUACCCUCCACUGGAGAUGUGGCCAGCGACAGUUACAACAACGUCUACCGCGACACGGAGGGGCUGCGAGAGCUAGGGGUCACCCACUACCGCUUCUCCAUCUCGUGGGCGCGGGUGCUCCCCAAUGGCACCGCGGGCGCUCCCAACCGCGAGGGGCUGCGCUACUACCGGCGGCUGCUGGAGCGGCUGCGGGAGCUGGGCGUGCAGCCGGUCGUCACCCUGUACCACUGGGACCUGCCGCAGCGCCUGCAGGAUGCCUAUGGCGGCUGGGCCAAUCGUGCCCUGGCCGACCACUUCAGGGAUUAUGCCGAGCUCUGCUUCCGCCACUUCGGUGGCCAGGUCAAGUACUGGAUCACCAUUGACAACCCGUACGUGGUGGCCUGGCACGGGUACGCCACUGGGCGCCUGGCCCCGGGUGUGCGGGGCAGCCCCAGGCUCGGGUACCUGGUUGCGCACAACCUACUUCUGGCUCAUGCCAAAACCUGGCAUCUCUACAAUACCUCUUUCCGCCCGGCUCAGGGAGGCCAGGUGUCUAUUGCCUUAAGCUCCCACUGGAUCAGUCCUCGAAGAAUGACUGACCAUAACAUCCGAGAAUGCCAGAAGUCUCUCGACUUUGUGCUGGGCUGGUUUGCCAAACCCAUAUUUAUCGACGGUGACUACCCAGAGAGCAUGAAGGACAACCUCUCCUCUCUUCUGCCCGCUUUUACCGAGUCUGAGAAGAACUCCAUCAGAGGUACUGCUGACUUUUUUGCUCUUUCCUUUGGACCGACCUUGAGUUUUCAACUGUUGGACCCUCACAUGAAGUUCCGGCAACUGGAAUCUCCCAGCCUGAGGCAGCUCCUGUCUUGGGUAGAUUUGGAAUAUAACCACCCUCCAAUAUUUAUUGUGGAAAACGGUUGGUUUGUCUCAGGAACCACCAAAAGAGAUGAUGCCAAGUACAUGUAUUACCUCAAGAAGUUUAUAAUGGAAACCUUAAAAGCCAUCAGGCUGGAUGGGGUUGACGUCAUUGGCUACACCGCGUGGUCCCUCAUGGAUGGUUUCGAGUGGCACAGGGGCUACAGCAUCCGACGUGGACUCUUCUACGUCGACUUUCUGAGUCAGGACAAGGAGCUGUUGCCGAAGUCUUCGGCCUUGUUCUACCAAAAGCUGAUAGAGAACAAUGGCUUCCCUCCUUUACCUGAAAACCAACCCCUGGAAGGGAAGUUUCCCUGUGGCUUUGCUUGGGGAGUUGUUGACAGCUACGUUCAAGUGGACACCACUCUCUCUCAGUUUACCGACCCAAAUAUCUACCUGUGGGAUGUGCAUCACAGUAAGAGGCUUAUUAAAGUGGACGGGGUUGUAGCCAAGAAGAGAAAACCCUACUGUGUUGAUUUCUCUGCCAUCCGACCUCAGAUAGCCUUACUUCGAGAAAUGCAUGUCACCCACUUUCGCUUCUCCCUGGACUGGGCCCUGAUCUUGCCUCUGGGUAACCAGACCCAAGUGAACCACACAGUUCUGCACUUCUACCGCUGCGUCAUCAGCGAGCUGGCGCACGCCAACAUCACCCCCGUGGUGGCCCUGUGGCAACCAGCAGCCCUGCACCAAGGUUUGCCACAUGCCCUGGCCAAACACGGGGCCUGGGAGAACCCGCACACCGCCCUGGCAUUUGCAGACUAUGCGAGUCUGUGCUUUAAAGAGCUGGGCCACUGGGUCAAGUUCUGGAUCACCAUAAAUGAGCCCAACACUCGGAACAUGACCUACCGUGCCGGGCACUACCUCCUGAAGGCGCAUGCUUUGGCUUGGCGCCUGUAUGAUGAGAAGUUUAGGGCGGCUCAGAAAGGCAAAAUAUCCAUUGCCUUGCAGGCCGACUGGAUAGAACCAGCCUGCCCUUUCUCCCAAAAGGACAAAGAAGUGGCCGAGAGAGUUUUGGAAUUUGAUAUUGGCUGGCUGGCAGAGCCUAUUUUCGGCUCCGGAGAUUAUCCACGUGUGAUGAGAGACUGGUUGAACCAAAAGAACAAUUUCCUUUUGCCUUAUUUCACUGAAGACGAAGAAAAGCUAAUCCAGGGUUCCUUUGACUUCCUGGCGGUGAGCCAUUACACCACCAUCCUUGUAGACUGGGAGAGGGAGGAUCCGAUAAAAUACAAUGAUUACCUGGAGGUACAGGAGAUGACUGACAUCACGUGGCUCAACUCUCCCAGUCAGGUGGCCGUGGUGCCUUGGGGGCUGCGCAAAGUGCUCAAUUGGCUGAGGUUCAAGUACGGGGACCUCCCUAUGUACGUGACAGCCAACGGCGUAGAUGACGAUCCCCACGCCGAGCAAGACGCACUGAGGAUGUAUUAUGUUGAGAAUUACGUGAACGAGGCCCUGAAAGCCUACGUGUUGGAUGGAAUCAACCUCUGUGGCUACUUUGCUUAUUCACUUAAUGAUCGUUCAGCUCCGAAGUUUGGAUUUUAUCGAUAUGCAGCAAAUCAGUUCGAACCCAAACCAUCUAUGAGACAUUAUAGGAAAAUUAUCGACAACAAUGGCUUCCUGGGUUCUGAAACACAGGGACAGUUUUGUCCAGAGGAAUACACCGUGUGCACCGAAUGCAGCUUUUUCCACACUCGGAAGUCCUUGCUAGUCUUCAUUGCGUUUCUGGUGUUUGCUUUUAUUAUUUCUCUCUCUCUUAUUUUGUACUACUCCAGGAAAGGCAGGAGAAGUUAUAAGUAGUGUGAACGUCUGCCUGGUUGUUUGCUUAAUGUUGUGAAGCCAUAUUACACACAUUUGGAUUCUAGAAAACCUUUUUGUCACAGAUGGGAGAGGUUUUGUGACAGGCAUCAGUGACUAUAAAGUAUUGGUAAGAUAACUGGCACCUGAGUUCACUCUCUUUGGGGGCCAUUAUACAACUGUACCCAGCACAGUUUCUACAGUACCCCUGUGCAGAAGGCAGGAGACAUGGCAGCCAGAACAGCGAUAACUACCUGAACAGAGUUUGAAGAACAACAUUGGGAACACAGACAAAAAUGUGGCUGUGCCCAUUUUUAAAUUUCACGUAUUUUUGGAAGUAACAAUCUCUCAAUUGCCAAGUUAAUACCUAACAGCUGUGACUUUCCCUGAUGCGUUUUCAUGAGGAAACAAUGGAAGAAUAAAUAGUAGAGGUGGCCAAAGACCCUCGGCUAACACAGUCUUUUUAAGAGCACUGUUUUUAUCAAAUGCUGCUAAUAUCCAUUUAUGAAUAAUAGAGAGCACAUUAUGGAAAUUUACAUUUUUUGUGAAUGUUUUUGAGGUGUCCUCUAAACCCCAGAUCCUUGAGGGUUCUCUCUUACUGGCUCUCCUUUGAGAGCCUGCACACUGGAGAUUUUUUUAAUGUUCACAAAAAAUCAAGAUGAGUCAUGAGCUGCUGGCCUCUUUGAAACUGACUGUGGCAUGCAGUACAUUGCAGCCGAUCUAGGGAAGAGAAAGGAGGGAUAUUUUUUCUUUUCUUUUUUAAUGAGCAACAUGAGUGAUUUGAUUGAACAUCCUUUUAUCUUUGAGCAGACCUUGGAAUGAAUGAAAUGACCUUUCCCACAUGAAGAAAGAUGAACUCUCACUCAACCUGUGAAGAAUGACUCGGUUGCAUUCUUCAGAAUACGCUGUCAAUGCUUCGACACAAUAGUUUUCAAACUUCAUAGCAGAUCUAAGAGCAACCCGGUGUAAAGACACCGGACAUCUGUCUUUGUGGUCACUGAGAGCUCCUCUGCACUCUGCCCCUGGCCAUGAGCUUUGAAAUAGUCCCACUUGGAGCUUUGACACCGGCCGCGCUACUGACGUACAUCGAAGGGCUAACUGGGUCUUCUCCUUCAACACCCUCUACCCUAAGUCUUACUGAGUCUCACAUGGGGACAUUUUCUUGCUACACCUGAGUGGUCUUAGAGAUAAGCCAAUCCCAGACAGGCAAGAUAAGCCAGUUAGAGCAGCAUGGCUACACUGCUGACGCAGGGUCACAAUGCAUAACUGUGUUGUACUUCAUCUUGCGAUGCGGUAUGGCUUUCCUCAUCAACAAUCAGCUUUUGCUGUGGUGUUCUUUAUACAACUGGACUUGUUAUUGAAAUCAAAUGCUAUAGAAUCAAUAGUUUAUUUUAUGUCUCUAUUUUUCUUGAUUACAGAGUAAUAUAUAUAUUGAUUGUAAAAAUUUAAAAGAGAAAAACUAUAUGUAAAGAAAAUGAUCACAUCUAAUAUAAUACAGAGACAAUACUGACAGUUCCUUUGUGUUGUAUUUUAGGUAGUUAGUUCAUGCUAUAAUUAGAUAUACAUUUUCUUUAUUCAUUUCUCUGUCAUUAGUUUUCAAGAGCUAAAAUUUAAUAGCUAUGGAAAAUAUUGUUAGACUAGCUCAAAACUGUUUUAUU